AUGAACAGAGAGUAUGAAUUUCAGGUGGGGUUGGAAUUUAAAUCACUUAGUCAAUUCAAAGAGGCUGUUAAGGAGCAUGCCCUAUUGAAUGGUAGGGACAUUAGGUUUCGAAAAAAUGAUAAGGUGAGGUGUAGAGUUGUUUGCAAAGGAAGAAAGGGAAAGUGCAAGUGGGUUUGUUUUGCGAGUAAGGUGGGGGGUUCUGACUGUUUCCGGAUCAAGACGUUGAAUGGAAAGCAUACAUGUGGAAGGAACUAUAGCGGAAGACUUGCAUCAAGUAGUUCGAUCUCAAAGAAGAUUGCCAACAACAUCAGUAGAGGGGAAGAGAUGAAGCUUGCGACAGUUAUUCAGACUAUACAAGACAAAUACAUGGCCAAUAUCAGUGUUGGUAAGGCUUACUGGGCAAGGAGGAAGGCAAGAGAAGAGGUACAUGGGCGGGCAAUCCAACAGUAUGCUAAACUAAGGGAUUACUGUGCAGAGAUACUUAGGGCAAAUCCAGGAUCUAGUCUGACCAUAUUGGUUGAUAGGCCUUCUCUUACGCACCAGCCCCGAUUUAUGAGAAUGUACAUGUGCCUUGAUGCAGUCAAGAAAGGCUUCUUGGCGGGGUGUAGACCUAUUAUUGGCGUGGAUGGAUGUCACUUGAAGGGCGACCAUGGACAGCAGCUGCUAGUUGCUGUUGGCAGAGAUCCAAAUGACAAUUACUUUCCCAUUGCCGUAGCUGCAGUAGAGGCAGAGACUAAGGACAGUUGGGGGUGGUUCUUAGAGAUGCUGUUAAAUGACAUUGGAGAAUCAAGAAAAUGGGUUUUUAUGAGUGACCAACAAAAGAUGUAA